GAGCCGCUAAUAAAAGUCACAAAGAAAAAGAAGCAGUAGAGCAGCACCGGGCUGUGACUCCGGGGAGUUUCCUGAUCAUUGUGUGGGUUCCGCUGGUCCGUGGUUCGGUCCGUGCUGGUCCGGUCUGUCCUGGUCCGUUGUCCGUGGUCCGGUCAGAUGCCCGGUCUUGGGUCCGCGUGCUCGCAGGAGGAGUUGCUUGUGGGGGCACCACGGGUCCUGGUUACCGGGGCGACAGGCCUCCUGGGGCGAGCGGUGUGCCGAGAGUUUCACAGCGCCGGAUGGACCGUCAUCGGGACGGGAUAUAGGAGAGCCAGGCCCCGCCUUCUGCGCUGUGACCUCACAGACGAGGACGCCGUCAGAGGACUGCUGCACGAAUACAAGCCUGAUGUGAUCGUCCACUGUGCGGCCGAGAGGCGUCCAGAUGUUAUGGAGAGACACACGGAAGCAGCUGUUAAUCUGAACGUGCACGCCACGAGCACACUCGCCAAGGAGGCAGCCACCUGCGGGGCGCUCUUCCUCUACAUCAGCACCGACUACGUGUUUGACGGCAGGAAUCCUCCGUACGGAGAGGACGACAGUCCAAACCCACUCAACGUUUAUGGGCGGAGCAAACUGGAGGGGGAGAGGGAGACCCUGCGCCACUGUCCAGGUGCGGUGGUACUGCGGGUGCCUGUUCUGUUUGGGGAGGUGGAGUCGGUGACGGAGAGCGUGGUGACAUCGUUGUACCUGAAGGUUCAGGAGGCAUCGGAGGAGAGCUGCACGCUGGAUCACGUCUUGCAGAGAUUCCCCACUGACGCCCGAGAUGUCGCCGCCGUCUGCAGGAAGCUGUCUGAGAGAGCGCGACAGGACCCGUCCAUCAGAGGAAUCUUUCACUUCUCUGGGAAAGAGCAGAUGACCAAAUAUGAGAUGGCGGUCGCCAUCGCUCAGGCCUUCAACCUGCCGUCCAGCCACCUCAUACCUCUGACCGAGCAGCCGGCGGCGUCGGCUCUUCGUCCAAUCAACAGUCAGUUAAACUGUUCUCGUCUGGAGCUGCUGAACCUGAGCGUGGAACCACGACCUUUCACCUCCGCCAUUAUCGACUGUCUGUGGCCGUUCACGCCCGACAAACGCUGGAGACAGACAGUCUUCCACUGACACGGCUGGAUUAGCAGCGGGCCGGAUGUACAGAUUAUUUAGUCUUUGUGCCCCAAGUCCUGUCUGCAAGCUCUACACUGCUGAUAGUAUUACCAGGUUAUAGUCCUGUACCAGAUUAUACUCUGAAUAUUACCAGAUUAUACUCGGAAAAUUACCAGAUUAUACUCGGAAAAUUACCAGAUUAUACUCGGAAUAUUACCAGAACACACUUGGAAUAUUACCAGAUUAUACUCGGAAUAUUACCAGAUUAUACUCUGAAUAUUACCAGAUUAUACUCGGAAAAUUACCAGAUUAUACUCGGAAAAUUGCCAGAUUAUACUCGGAAUAUUACCAGAACACACUUGGAAUAUUACCAGAUUAUACUCGGAAUAUUACCAGAUUAUACUCGGAAAAUUACCAGAUUAUACUCUGAAUAUUACCAGAUUAUACUCUGAAUAUUACCAGAACACACUUGGAAUAUUACCAGAUUAUACUUGGAAAAUUACCAGAUUAUACUCGAAAUAUUACCAGAUUAUACUCGGAAAAUUACCAGAUUAUACUCGGAAUAUUACCAGAACACACUUGGAAUAUUACCAGAUUAUACUCGGAAUAUUACCAGAUUAUACUCUGAAUAUUACCAGAUUAUACUCUGAAUAUUACCAGAACACACUUGGAAAAUUACCAGAUUAUACUCUGAAUAUUACCAGAUUAUACUCUGAAUAUUACCAGAACACACUUGGAAUAUUACCAGAUUAUACUCUGAAUAUUACCAGAUUAUACUCUGAAUAUUACCAGAACACACUUGGAAAAUUACCAGAUUAUACUCUGAAUAUUACCAGAUUAUACUCGGAAAAUUACCAGAUUAUACUUGGAACAUUGCCAGAUUACAGUCAGAAUAAUGUUCAGGGUUGAGUCUUGUUAAUCCCUAAUUGUUCAUGUUUUGUGUCAGUGUUUGCGUGGCUUCACUUUAUAUCAGUGUGAACAAACUGAGUGUGCUCUGUAAAAUUCACGCUACACUUCAGUGUGUUCUGACAACAAAAUGUUACAUACUAUAUCACCACCAAUCUUCAGUCUAAUCUGUACCUUAUUAGGUUAGUCUGGACUCUGUUAGUUUAAUCUGGACUUGUUUUGGGUUUUUUUUUUUUUGCUCUAUGUAUGGGACCUGAAAAAAUACCUGUGAUUUUUAUGUUUGACGUUCAGGUUUAAUCAGGAAGUUUGAAGUGGAUCCCAGAUUAAAUCCGACUCCUGCUGAGGAAAAGCCUGCCAGCUGCAGGACUCACAGUGAAGUGUGUAUUUCUGCUGUAAACAACUGUCAGCUCAACAUUAAAUACGUGAAACUGUCAA